GGGGUUGGUGCGCCGCCUGCCGGCAGGAGAAAGAUGUGCAAAGGCGGCCGGACGAGCCUCCGCCCUCCAGCCCGGCCCGGAUUGGCUAACUGCUAGGCGGAAGCGCCGCCCCAGGAAGGGCGGAAGUGAGCGGGGGCGCAGGAAGUGGCUGCAGUGAGGGCGGAAAGCCGGGUGGUGGGCUCCGAGGCGAGGCCGUGUCCAUGCCGGGCUGCGACUCCACCGCGCCGUGAUCAUGGAGCUCAGCUCUGACUACAUCCGGGAGAAGUUGAAGCAGCAUCUGGACGCAGAGCACGUGGAGGUGGAGGACACGACUGUCAACCGUUGCGCGACCAGCUUCCGAGUCCUGGUGGUGUCGGCCAAGUUCGAGGGAAAACCGCUGCUCCAGAGACACCGGCUGGUGAAUGAGUGCUUAGCCGAAGAGCUCCGCCACAUCCAUGCCUUUGAGCAGAAAACUCUGACCCCAGAACAGUGGACCCAGAACAGUGAACGUCGGAAAUGUGGGGCCCAGGCCUGAACAGCCAUUAAAUUGUAAAUCUGG